AUGAGGAAGAAGGUUUGGCUCAAGGAGAAGAAGUAUUGUUCCCCUGAAAUUCAAAACGAACAGAUUUCUCUUAUGGGAUUGUGUAUUUUGAGAGGUCUUUUGUCUGAAAUUAGAAAUGCACGGUACUAUUCCGUUAUUGCUGACGAGGCAACAGAUGUUGGUCACAAGGAACAACUUGUGGUUUGUAUCAGGUGGGUGGAUGAUAAUUUUGAUAUCCACGAGGACCCAAUUCAGCUUAUCAAUGUUCCAAAAACUGACGCACAGACUUUGACUACUUGUAUCAAGGAUUGUUUGUUGAGAUGCUGUCUGCCCAUGUCUCAAUGCCGCAGUCAGGCAUACGAUGGUGCAGGUAAUAUGAAUGGAUAUUUAAAUGGUGUGGCGGCUAAAAUUCAAAAUGAUGUACCAUCAGCACUCUACGUGCACUGUCUGGCCCAUUGCACUAAUUUAUGUUUACAAACAAUAGGUCGUCAGUGUCAACCUGUAAGAGAUGCAUUGGAUCUGGCCAGGGGUGUUGCUGAUCUUAUUAGAUACUCCCCCAAAAGAUCGUCAUUAUUUCAAGCUCUGCAGGCUCAACUACCUCCAGGCUCUGACCGUUCACCUUCGUUAAAACCUUUGUGUCCUACAAGGUGGACUGUGCGCACCUCAGCACUGCAUUCGAUUUUGAACAAUUAUUGUGUGCUGUGUGAAACAUUACAGAAGGUUAAUGCUGAAUGCCGCGAUGAGUAUGGGCGUACUGCUGGUGGGUACCUUGCUCAAAUGGAAAAGUUUAGUACGUAUCUCGGUCUCAAAAUGUCUCAUUUAAUCUUUGGUGCUGGUGAGCAGCUAUCCAUAUCAUUGCAGGGGAAAGACACAACUUUGCAGGAGGCUACGACAGCGGCAGAUUUAGCAGUAUGUCAUCUUGAACGGCUGAGGACUGAUGAGAAGUUUCAUUCGUUUUAUGAGGAUGUAGUCAAAUGCUCAAAGAAUCUCACAGCACCACCUUGCCUCCCAAGAUACAGGCGUCCACCACAAAGACUGGAUGAGGCAGGCUUAACUAGCCAUGAAUUUUCUUCCCCUGAAUGUUAUUUCAAGCAGCAGUAUUUUGAAGUGUUAGAUUUGCUGGUUAAUGAACUCAAACGACGGUUCCAGCAGAAGAGAGGUAUGCCUGUGGCAGCUACUAUUGAGAAGCUACUAUUAGAUGCAGUAAAUGGUACGUACACCAUGGAUGGUACUGCUUUACCAGAAGAACUACAACUCUACAAAGAUGACCUUGAUUUAUCUCGACUGAAAUACCAGCUAUCAAUGCUUCCAGAUGUUGUCCAAGUCAGAAAUCGAAAGCUUGAAAACAAUCCACCAAUUACAGAAGUGACAAAUGUAAGAACAAUAUGUUCUAUCAUGGCUGAUAUUUCUCUCUGUAAGGAGAUGCUUUCAGAAGUUGUUUACUUGAUUAAACUUUUCUACACUAUUCCUGUCACCACCUCUACUGCUGAGAGAACAUUUUCAGCACUUAGGAGAUUGAAGACAUAUCUGAGAACCACAAUGAGUCAGGAAAGACUAAAUCAUGCAAUGUCUCUCUAUGUGCACAAGGACAGAACGGAUAACAUAGAUCUAGAUGAAAUUGCAAAUUCCUUUAUAACUGUUAAUGAGAGGAGAAGAAACUUUUUUGGUCAUGUUUAG